UAAACGUGAACACGAGGCAACUGAUAUUCCUCAUGUGUAUUUAUGAAUUUGAAUCACUGGAAAAUUUGUAAGCAUGGCGAAAAGUAAGUACGAAUAUGUGAAGAAAUUCGAGGAAAAAGAUUUUUGCUUACCUAAUUGCUGGAUAGUUAUUCGGAUAGAUGGCCAUAACUUCCACAGUUUCGCAUCGAAGCAUAGCUAUAAAAAGCCAAAUGACGAAAAUGCCCUGAACUUGAUGAGCCAAGCCGCAAAAGAUGUUAUGAAAGAGUUUAGGGACAUUAUUAUAUCUUAUGGACAAAGUGAUGAGUAUAGUUUUGUAUUGAAGAGGUCCACAACUCAAUUUAGCCGAAGAAAAAGCAAACUGGUCUCAAAUAUAGUAUCUUUAUUUACAUCUGCAUUUGUAUUCAACUGGCAAAAAUACUUUCAAAUGAAACUAGAACUUCUUCCAUCAUUUGAUGGAAGGGCUGUUGUUUAUCCAUCCCUGGAAAACAUAAGAGAUUAUCUGAGCUGGAGGCAGGCAGACUGUCAUAUAAACAAUUUGUAUAAUACAUGCUUUUGGGCAUUGGUACAGCAAGGUGGGCUCACAAACAAAGAAGCCGAGCAGAGACUUAAGGACACACUUUCUGCUGAUAAAAAUGAGAUACUGUUCUCAGAAUUUGGAAUGAACUACAACAAUGAGCCAGAACUGUUUCGUAAAGGCACUGUUAUGUUUUGGGACUUUCCUGAACAUGACUCAGACCUUAGGAAACGAAAAGCUAUCAAGAAGCAACAUAUUGAUAUUAUUGGGGACCAGUUUUGGGCAGAUCAUCCCAAUUUAUUGGAAAAGUAGUUAAGCUUUGUUUUUACUGUGACAUCUAUGGUUGCA